UGCUCUUGCAGCUUCGACAUGUCUACUGCGAAACCUGAGAUUCCUCCGAUGGAGAGCUUCCCUCCAAUCAAUGUUUACCCCCGCGAAGCAGAAAUCAUAAAAUACUGCAACAACUACGUUGCUGAGCACUUCCCAUUCAACAACGACGCAGAAGUGAAACACUUCAAUGGGAUGGAAAUCCCAGCGUAUGCAUGCAGAGUCGUCUCGUUCGCAAGGGACCACGAGAAGAUGCGCAAAGUCUCCAUCCUCAUCGUCUUUUACUUCAUCUUCGAUGACUGGGUCGACAAGAACGGUAUGAAGCUCGACAAGAGUACCGUCAUGGCCCUCCUUCCGCCUCCAAGCGAAGUCCCCAUCAAGCCUCCCCAAGCCGGCAAGAUGACUCUCUCCGAUAUCUCCGCAGAGCUCUACGGAGCCGUCCGUGACGAUAUGCCCAAAGCAGACUACGACAGAAUGGUGAACGACAUGAUGGAGUAUCUUCGAGUGCAGAGGAUGGCACCGGGGUAUAAUACUCUGCAGGAGCUCCUGGACCUGCGCUCGGGCGAAGUGGGCGUGUAUGUCCUAUUCCGUUACAUCAUCUACGCGAUGGAGCUUUCUGUCUCCGGAAAGGAGCUCGACGAUCCCCUUGUCAAACGAGCGCAAGUUUUAGGGUCAGAGGCUGGUGUGCUGAGGAAUGAGGCCUCCUCGUACGUCAAGGAAGUCAAUGAAGGAUCCGGCGCGCAUAAUGUUAUCACAAAGCUUCAAGAGUGGUCAGGAUGCACCGAGAAGGAGGCAAUGAAACAGGUGCUGGACGCGAUCGAGAAACGUCAAGAGGAGCUGCGCGAGAUGUGCCUCAAGGUCACGGAGGCGCCUCAUUUGUCCGAGGAUUGCAAGACCUUCGUGAAAACGAUUCCGUAUAUCGUAGCAGGGAAUACUUGGUGGCAUCAUCAUUCUACGAGAUAUGCAGAGGGUCGCGAGGUGACUGUGCCCUAGAGUACGGCCGUGUAGCCAUGAGUCUGUCCAUCCUCUUUUGAUCGAGUUGGAGGUAGUACCUGCACAGCGUUAAGGCAUGUACGUGUAGUCCUAGGCAGUAACAAGAAUAUGAUAGAUG